AUGGAGUGCACGGGAUUGUGUGCGGGACCUGUGAGCAUCAGCUUCGAAGUCUAUUCAUCUCUCGAUAACUCACUCAAAUACUCCACAUCGACUGGGUUCGACCAAUCGCCUUCUACAGAUGAGUCAACAUGCGUGGACGGGGUCAAGGUCGAAUAUGAGCUGAUGCCUGGCGAGUACAUGUUGCUGAACAUGACACUGGAGCAGGGAGAUUACCACGAGGGAUUUGUCACCUACGGACUGGCCGGACUGAACCAGAGUAGAUACUCGUUCGACAAGAUAGAAGGACCCAACUGCGAAUGUGUUCCCGACACGAAAACCAUCGAACCAGAGUGGGCUUCUUGGAGUGGUUGGAGCGGCUGUGACUGUGUAUCUUGUGGCACCAUUGGAAGACAGACCAGAUCGAGGAGUUGCAGUGACCCUGCCUUGGAGACUUAUGGAAACAACGACUUCUGCUCCGGACCCAACCAACAGUUCAGAGAGUGCACUAUGGACACUGAGCUGUGUAACAUCGCUUCCCCGAAUCAAACCGACAACAACUGCGGAGUGAUUCCUGGAACUACCUUCUCGUCCUGUGCAAACCAGUGCAGCAUGACGUGCAUGAGUCUGACGUCACCAGAGAGCUGCAACGACGAUGACAGCGAGUGCGAGCCAGGGUGUGUAUGUCCCAGUGGCACUGUGCUGGACGUCGUGGCCGAGGAGUGUGUUGUUCCAGAGGCAUGUUCGUGCUACGACUUCGUCUGUGACUCGUACAUUGAGAAUGGCGCCGCCAACGCCUCCACGUGCUGUCCCGAAAGACAAUGUUCUUGUGUGGAUGGCCAGCUGGAGUGUGAGGGCAACUGUCCAGAAGAUUGUGCGGCCACAGAGUGGAGUGAGUGGACCAUGUGUGACAGCCAGUGCAGACGAUCCAGAAACAGGUGUAUCCUGACGCACGGUAACUAUGGAGGCAGAGAGUGUGACGGGGGAGAGUAUCAGGAAGAGUUGUGUGACGAGGACACUGCCACUUGUGAUGUGUGCAUGUACAACGGCACUCAAUACAGGCAAGCCACACAUCACACAGCAAUCUAUGUUUUAAUUUCAGGGCGUGAGGCGACAAUUCGUAACGAGCGACAAUUCGUAACAGUAGAUUAA